GGAGACGAUGAUGAGGAGGAGACCAUCUCUCUGGAUUCCAGAAGGCAUGAGGACCCAAAUGCUAUACAGUGGGAAAACCAGCCUGGCAACAUAGUGCGUAUUAAUAAAAGGACACCACAUCCUGCCAAAUUCCAGCUGCGCUAAUUGUAUUGUGUUCACAGAGCUCACAAGCUAUCAGAAAGUUGUAAGGCAACCACCUCCGGCGCCAAAUAGAACUGACAGACCUAGACAUUCAGUACAAGAAGAAAACGAUAGAAAAUCUUGCACUGGAGUUCGAAAUAAAAAAAGAGGACAAUUAGGAAACUGGACCUUGAAAUAAAAAAACUUGAGAGGGAGCUCCAAGAAGAUGACACAGCUCAAAAUAAAAAUUAGCAAUCAGUACAACCAAGUCAUCGUUAUAAGGCACCGGCCUCUUUUGCCCACCCCCCCAGCGCCAGGUUUGGCCACUAGCCUAUAUGAAGGCCCAAAAUUGUGUGUUCCUUUCUGCUCUGACAAUGGCAUGCCCAUUCUUGCGAGAUGUGGUGGAUGAAGAAGCACUUGUGCUGAGGAGAGCCUUCAGGCGAGAAAGGGUCUUCAGGGACCGGUUGGACCCACUGGCCUUCCCUGAUGACCAUCUAUAUGAAAGAUACAGGUUUUCUGCAGAUGGCAUCAGGUAUCUAUGCAGACUACUGGGUCCCAGGAUUAAGCACCGCACUGCAAGGAGCCAUGCACUGAGUGUGGAGCAAAUGGUUUGUGUGGCCUUGCGCUUUUUUGCUAGUGGAGCCUUCCUGUGCUCAGUGGGGGAUGCAGAACAGCUGAACAAGGCCACAAUUUGCCGCACAAUAAGGAGUGUGUGUCUGGCUAUCAAAGCAUUAGCAGAUGUCUUCAUCUCCUUCCCUGGCCACAGAAGACUCUGUGACAUGAAAGAGGAGUUCUAUAGGAUUGCAGGUUUCCCCAAUGUCAUUGGUGCAGUGGACUGCACACACAUAAGGAUAAAAGCCCCCUCAGGUGCCCAUGAGGCCGAUUUUGUGAAUAGGAAAUCCUUUCACAGCAUUAAUGUUCAGAUGGUCUGCAAUGCUGACUGUGUGAUCAGCAAUGUUGUGGCAAAAUGGCCUGGCUCAGUCCAUGACUCCAGAUUCUUUCGGGCCUCUGAAAUCUAUCAGUGCCUAUCUCAAGGUGAAUUCUCUGGUGUGUUGCUGGGAGACCGGGGGUAUGGCUGCCAGCCUUUUCUCCUGACACCUUUCACAGACCCCCAGGAAGCACAGCAGGCCUACAACCAUGCCCAUGCCAGGACCAGGGCCAGAGUUGAAAUGACCUUUGGCCUCCUGAAGGCACGCUUUCACUGCCUUCACAAAUUAAGGGUCAACCCUGUUAGGGCAUGUGAUAUUACUGUGGCUUGUGCUGUCCUCCACGAUGUGUCCUGCCUGAGGAUGGAGAGGGCCCCCAGAGUGCCACCAGCCAUGGACUGGGACAAUCCGGCAAUCUUCCCUGAUGACGACAGUGGUCGGCUGCUGAGGGACCAAUAUGUGUUGAAUUAUUUUAGUUAGUAUGUGUGGUUUCAAUUUAGGUAAAAAAUGUCCUGCUGUGGCAGAGGAAAUAGGGUUUUUUUGGGUUGUUUUUUUUAAAGAAUUUGUCCUCUUAUGAUGUUUGUGCGGUAUACUGUGUGUAAUACAAGGCUGCAGGGAGGCUACUGCAUCCAUUCAUUUGUCUGUUCAGUUGAUGUGUAUGGAUUUGUCCUGCAUUUAUUUUAGUGUGCAGACAUGCAGGGUGUGUUAUAUACAGACCUUUGAAUGUGUAUGUAUCAUUUUGUAUAAUAUGCUUUGAUUCUGUGCUUUCCAUCUUGUAGAGUCACUGUGACUUCAGUUUCGAAAGGAGCUGAUAGUUUACCUGCUUUGUUUUGUCCUUAUUCAAUAAAGGAACAUAAUGUUACACAUUGUGUUUUUAUAUUCA